CACAAAUGGCGUCGUUUAAUGGCGAUGUGAAGUGAAUCCGUGUAUUUUUGCUUAUUUUUUAUAAAUUUGUGAAAAAUGUCGGACUCUGAGGGAAGUAAUUUUUCCGAUAAUGCCUCAGAGGCGGGCUCAGUUCGCUCGAGGAGUUCCAGAGGGAGCAGAUCGAGGUCGCCUUCUCGCUCCCGAUCCAGAUCGCGAUCCCGGUCAAAAUCUGGGAGUCGUUCGGCACGUUCUGGUUCCGAAGCUCGCGAGGCCUCCGAACCGGAAGAAGUGGAAGAAGAACAAGAGCCCGAAGGUGACUCUCUCGAUGAAUACGACAGUGAAGAAGACGAAAGCGAUUCUGGUCGUGCGAAAAAGAAGAAGAAGAAGGAUAGAUAUGGCGGUUUUAUUAUCGAUGAAGCUGAAGUAGAUGACGAAGUCGAAGAUGAAGAUGAUUGGGAAGAAGGAGCGCAAGAAAUCGGUAUUGUACCCAAUGAAGUUGACGAAUUUGGACCCACUGCACGUGAGAUCGAAGGAAGACGACGAGGAACAAAUCUUUGGGAUGCACAAAAAGAACACGAGAUUGAAGAAUACUUGAGGAAGAAGUAUGCUGACGAUAGUGCGGCGGCGAAACAUUUUGGAGAUGGUGGUGAAGAAAUGUCGGACGAGAUCACCCAACAGACGUUAUUACCGGGUGUUAAGGACCCGAAUUUGUGGAUGGUUAAAUGUCGCAUUGGUGAAGAAAAAGCAACGGCUUUACUUUUAAUGCGGAAAUAUUUGGCAUAUCAAAAUACUAGUGAACCUCUUCAGAUCAAAUCGGUUGUAGCACCGGAAGGUGUCAAAGGUUACAUCUAUAUUGAGGCUUAUAAACAGCCCCAUGUCAAAGCAGCCAUCGAAAAUGUGGGUAACUUGAGGAUGGGGAUUUGGAAACAACAAAUGGUGCCGAUUAAAGAAAUGACUGAUGUGUUACGAGUGGUUAAGGAACAGACAGGUUUAAAAUCCAAGCAAUGGGUCCGUUUAAAGCGAGGUCUCUACAAAGACGACAUUGCACAAGUCGACUACUUCGACAUGGCCCAAAACCAAGUUCACCUCAAACUCCUGCCUCGGAUCGACUACACUCGUCUACGCGGUGCUCUCCGCACCACCCAAUCCGAAUCCGAAGCAGAUAAACGCAAAAAGAAACGUCGUCCGCCUAGCAAACCAUUUGAUCCGGAAGCUAUCCGUUCCAUAGGUGGUGAAGUUACAUCCGAUGGUGAUUUUCUUAUUUUUGAAGGCAAUCGUUACUCGCGUAAAGGCUUCCUCUACAAGAAUUUUACAUUAAGCGCUGUAAUAAUCGAUGGUGUGAAACCGACUCUAGCAGAAUUGGAACGAUUCGAAGAACAACCUGAAGGUAUAGAUUUAGAAUUACCGACCGAGAAGGAGGACAAAGCCGUCACACAUUCGUUCAGCGCUGGUGAUAAUGUAGAAGUAUGCGAGGGUGAAUUAAUCAAUCUUCAAGGAAAAAUUAUUAGUAUUGACGGAGCGAUGAUAACGAUAAUGCCGAAACAUGAGGAUUUGAAGGAUCUACUUGUUUUUCAAGCUUCAGAAUUGAAGAAAUAUUUCAAAAUGGGAGAUCAUGUCAAGGUUCUGGCAGGUCGGUAUGAGGGUGAUACCGGAUUGGUUGUCAGAGUCGAGAAUAAUCGAGUUGUUUUAAUUUCUGAUUUGACGAUGCACGAAAUGGAGAUUUUACCGAAAGAUUUACAACUUUGUACGGAUAUGGCGAGUGGAGUGGAUUCGUUGGGGAAAUUCGAAUGGGGGGAUUUGGUCAAUUUGGAUGCGGAGACGGUGGGAGUGAUCGUCAGGUUGGAGAGGGAGAAUUUUCAUGUUCUCAAUAUGCACGGAAAAGUGGUCGAAUGCCGUCCCGGUUCGUUACAGAAACGUCGUUUGAACCGUUUCACAGCCGCCUUAGACUCCUACCGUAACAAUCUCCAUCGCAAAGACAUGGUGAAAGUAAUCGACGGUCCACAUUCUGGCUUUUCUGGCGAAAUCAAACACUUGUAUCGAAAUUUUGCAUUUUUACAUUCCGUUGAAUUUUUGCAAAACGGUGGAAUUUUCGUUUGCAAAACGAAACAUUUGCAACUUGCUGGUGGUAACAAAAGUGUUCCGAGUGCUGAUAUUUCAACUGGAAUGGAAUACAUGUCGCCGAGGAGGAGUUCACCGAUGCAUCCCUCCAGCGGUGGAGGAGGUUUAGGUGGAUUUGCCAGUCCUCGACCAGGUGGGGGUGGAGGAGGGGGAGGCGGUGGAGGUGGUCGAGGGAGAGUGUCACGUGAUCGGGAUAUUAUUGGUACUACUAUUAAAAUCACCAAAGGGCCUUAUAAGGGCAAUAUCGGAAUUGUCAAAGACGCUACACAAUCAACAGCAAGGAUCGAAUUGCACACCUCAUGUCAAACUAUUAGUGUCGACAGAAGUCAUAUUGCUGAUGUUGGUACACCCAGCCGAGAUGGCAGUAUUUCGAGUUAUGGAAGAACGCCUGCGUACACCGGAAGUCAGACUCCGUUGUAUCGUGACACCGGAAAUAAAACGCCAAUGUGCGAUUCCGGUUCUCGUACUCCAUUGCAUUAUGGUGGUUCGAUGACGCCGAUUCAUGAUGGUUCUAGGACACCGAACGCAUCCUCCGAGUGGGAUCCGACCGUUUCGAAUACGUAUCCGUCUCCGGGUUAUAAUCCGGGAACUCCGGGAUAUCAAAUGAACGGACCGUUUACUCCACAAACUCCAGGGACUAUUUAUGAUUCCACUUAUAGUCCGUAUCAGGCUAGUCCGGGUUAUCAGAGUGCUAUUUCGACUCCGAGCCCCGCGACCGGCUACGGCCAAUCACCUGCAAGCAACAACCCUUACAACACCCCGAGUUCCGGUUACAGCCCCAACAUGCCGUACAACCCUCAAACUCCUGGAGCCGGUCUCGAUGUACUUCCAAUGACCGAUUGGCAUACAAUCGAUAUCGAAGUACGAAUUAGAGACAGUCAUGACGAUCCAGGAUUAGUGGGUCAAACCGGAAUCAUUCGGAGCAUUUCCGGAGCCAUGUGUUCGAUUUUCUUACCGGAAGAAGAUCGAGUCGUUAAUAUUAUUUCGGAUCAUUUAGAACCAGUGCGACCACAACGAGGAGAUGCAUUCAAAGUAAUAAUUGGUGAGGAAAGGGAAGCAACCGGAGAGUUGCUUUCAAUUGAUUUGCAUGAAGGAGUGGUGAAAAUGAAGAACGAUAUAAAAAUGUUACCACUCCAGAAUUUAUGUAAAAUGAGAAAAGAUUUAUAAUUGUUUAUUCUCAUUAAAAUAUCUAGGAAGAAAAGAA